AUGCCUACUAUAUCCGUUAACAAGUACGAUUUGUACAAAGCCUUGGGUCAAAACUUCACGACCCAGGAGUUUGAAGACCUCUGCUUCGAAUUCGGUAUUGAACUUGACGAGGACACCGAGAAUGAAGAACGGCCCAUUGUCAAUGGCGUGCAGGAGCCGCCCCAGCUCAAGAUCGAGAUCCCCGCCAACCGAUACGACAUGCUGUGCUUCGAGGGAAUAGCGCUCAUGCUUAACAUCUUCAGAGGAAAGGUUGCGGCCCCCAACUACAAGGUUGUCGAGCCCAAGGACCCCGAGACCCAGGUCAUCACUGUGACCCAAGAUACCAGCAAGAUUCGACCCUUCGUUGCCGGUGCCAUUCUCAGAAACAUCAAGUUCACCCAAGAGAGCUACGACUCGUUCAUCGCCCUCCAGGACAAGCUGCAUAUGAACUUGGCGAGACAAAGGACGUUGGUCGCGAUUGGUACCCACGAUCUCGACACGAUACAGGGCCCCUUCACCUAUGAAGCGCUGUCACCCAAGGAUAUCAAGUUCGCCCCCCUGAACCAAACCAAGGAGAUGAACGCCGAGGAGUUGAUGCAGUUCUACGAGGGCGACAAGCACCUUGGCAAGUACCUGCACAUCAUUAAGGACUCUCCCGUUUACCCCGUCAUCUAUGACAAGAACCGCACGGUCUGCUCGCUGCCGCCCAUCAUUAACGGCGACCAUUCUAAAAUCACCCUCAACACCACAAACGUCUUUAUUGAGAUGACGGCCACCGACAAUACCAAGCUCGACAUCGUCUGCGACAUGAUGGUCACUAUGUUCUCCAACUACUGCGCUGAGCCCUUCACCGUUGAGCCCGUCAAGAUUGUUUCUGAGCACAACGGUGCGUCGAGGACAACUCCCAAGCUCCAACCCCGCACUGUCGACGUCGAGAUCGAUUACCUUAACGCCUGCACCGGCCUGAACGAGUCUCCCGAGACUCUAUGCAAACUUCUUACCAAAAUGGCCUACAUCGCCAAGCCGUCAGAGAAGGACAGCAACCUUUUGAGCGUCACUAUCCCUGUCACUCGUGCCGACGUGCUCCACCAGUGCGAUGUCAUGGAGGAUCUGGCUAUCUGCUAUGGCUACAACAACCUCCCUAGAUCUUCCCCCAAUAAGAGCGCAACCAUCGGUGCGCCUCUUAUGAUCAACAAGCUUGCCGACAUCAUCCGGACAGAAGCCGCUAUGGCUGGCUGGAGUGAGGUCAUGCCUCUCAUCCUGUGUAGCCACGAUGAGAACUUCGGUUGGCUGAACCGAAAGGACGAUGGCAAGACCGCCGUCAAGCUCGCUAACCCGAAGACCGCUGAAUACCAGGUCGUGCGGACGUCCUUGGUCCCCGGUCUUCUUAAGACCAUCCGCGAGAACAAAAAGCACAGCGUGCCCAUCAAGAUCUUCGAGGCUGCCGACGUUGUCUUCAAGGACGAGUCCCUGGAGCGCAAGGCUCGUAAUGAGCGACACUUUGCCGCCGCGUGGUACGGCAAGACAUCGGGCUUCGAGGUUGUUCACGGUCUCUUGGACCGCAUCCUGCUCAUGCUCCGCACCGCUUUCCUUACGCACGAGGAGGGCCUUACGGCCGGCAAGAGUGUCGACUUCAAGGUUGCCGAGAACCCCAGCAAGCCUGAUGGCUACUGGAUUGAGGAGAUUAACGAGGACACCUUCUUCCCUGGCCAUGCCGCCGCCAUCUACCUGCGCCUCGGCGGCAAGGAGCAGCGCAUCGGCGAGUUUGGCAUCCUGCAUCCCACCGUGCUGGAGAAGUUUGACUUGAGAUACCCUGUGAGCACCCUCGAGAUCAAUCUCGAGGUCUUCUUGUAG